AUGUUCGACCUCUUUGCCAUGCUCUUAUCCUCCGUCGCCUCCUUCUUAUUCCCCAUCUUCGCCUCAUACAAGGCUCUCAAGACCUCAGAUCCCGCUCAGUUGACGCCAUGGCUCAUGUACUGGGUCGUUUUCAGCAUCUGUUUGCUGGUUGAGUCCUGGCUAUCCUUUAUCCUCUUCUGGUGCGUACCCCAGCCCAGCGCCUUGUCGCUUCAGCCAGCCGUAGGAUCUGAAACAAAGUCGGUCAACUUACACAGCUUUCGCCGUCAUAGGAUCCCAUUUUACGGCUAUCUUCGCCUGCUCUUCUUCCUCUAUCUUAUUCUUCCUCAAACCCAGGGCGCCCGCGUUCUCUACGAGGAACAUGUCCAUCCUUUUCUUGCAGAUAAUGAAACCAGCAUAGACGAGUUCAUUGCCAGCGCCCAUGAGCGCCUCAAGGCCGCUGGCAUGACCUACUUCCGCCGCGCCGUCGAGUACCUCAAAACCAACAUCCUGAACCUUCCUCCCUCGGAACCUGAACCCACGCCGCCGUCCCCAUCAUCCGCUGGGCCGCAGGGCUACACGCAGUCGCUGCUUGCUCGGUUUAGUGUCCCGACGACAAGAUGGGCCGGCACCGCCAACACCGGCAACGAGUUCUACAAUUUGUUGGCGAGCGCAGUUUCCGCUGCUGCUUCCAACGCCGGCGGGCUUGCUGGUAGUCCUAGUGGCUCGUCUGGCAGAGGCAUGACUGACUCGGGGACUCUGAUUCCUCCCAACCUGCGAGGCUCGGCCGAAAAGAUGAAUUUUAUUGCUGCGCAGCGUGAGCGCCUUAAUAUCGUGUUGGGCGCCUUGGAUCGCGAAGCGCAGCAGAUUCAACAUGAUGGCACUGGAGCCUCCCCCACCAUGCCACCAGGAGGCUUUGCGCCAACCGGCACACGCGACAUGGACGACGACGAAGUUACUCAGCGGCCACCCAGUGGACUCAGCAUGUUCAGCGCCCUAAGCAAGAGUCGCAGCGAGACCGACUUUGAGAAGGUCGAAGCCGAGAGCGGGGCGGAAGAUGAUGUGACUCUUCGUCGGCGCAACGUCCCGUCCGGCACAGCGGGAGCUUCCUGGAUGCCAUGGGGCUGGGGCGGCUCUGGUGAUGCGACUCCUGGUCCGGGAGGGCCCAAGGAAGAUUAG